ACCCAGGCCGCCAGGCGUCUGCCCUUGUUAAUUACCGCAGAAACCGACCAGGGAGCUCGGCCUGGGUUUGCCGGCCCACAGCGGCGCCAGGCUACAGUUUCUCCCCUAACCCCCUCGCUGCUGUCCAGGUGCACCGCCUGCCUCACCACAGAGGAUGGACAUGAUGGACAGCUGCCAGUUCUCGCCUUCUGAGUAUUUCUAUGAUGGCUCCUGCAUCCCUUCCCCUGAGGGCGAGUUCGGGGACGAGUUUGAGCCUCGAGUGGCUGCCUUUGGGGCGCACAAAGCAGAGCUGCAAGGCUCAGAUGAGGACGAGCACGUGCGAGCACCUACGGGCCACCACCAGGCUGGCCACUGCCUCAUGUGGGCCUGCAAAGCAUGCAAGAGGAAGUCCACCACCAUGGAUAGGCGGAAGGCGGCCACCAUGCGCGAGCGCAGACGCCUGAAGAAGGUCAAUCAGGCUUUUGAGACGCUCAAGAGGUGCACCACGACUAACCCCAACCAGAGGCUGCCCAAGGUUGAAAUCCUCAGGAAUGCCAUCCGCUACAUCGAGAGCCUGCAAGAGCUGCUGAGGGAGCAGGUGGAGAACUACUACAGCAUGCCUGGACAGAGCUGCUCAGAGCCCACCAGCCCCACCUCCAACUGCUCCGAUGGCAUGCCUGAAUGUAACAGCCCUGUCUGGUCCAGAAAGAGCAGCAGUUUUGACAGCAUCUACUGUCCUGAUGUACCAAAUGUAUAUGCCACAGACAAAAGCUCCUUAUCCAGCUUGGAUUGCUUAUCCAGCAUAGUGGAUCGGAUCACCAACUCAGAGCAACCUGGAUUGCCUCUGCAGGACCCAGCCUCUCUCUCCCCAGUUGCCAGCACGGAGUCACAGCCUGCAACCCCAGGGGCCUCUAGUUCAAGGCUAAUCUAUCAUGUGCUAUGAACUAAAAAUCUAGUUUCAGUCAGUUCUGCCAGGAGGGCCUAUUACACAGGGGGAAGGAUGCCCAAAGAGUCCAAAAGCAAGUCAACUUGUAUAUAAAGAUUUUUUUUCUGUUGUAAAUUUGUACAUAUCAUCUUGCCACUUUAUAAGAAAAUGUAUUUAACUAAAAAAUGACCAUUGCCAUUAAUACUUAUUUUUUUUCUCCUCUCCCCCUUCUUUUUUUCUUUAUUCUUUGCUUUAGAUACUUAGUCCAAUAAUAUUAUUCUGAUAGGGGGCAAUUCAUUGAAGGUAGCUUGUUGCAAUGCUUAACUUAUAUAUAUUUUUUAUAAAUAUCACUUAUCAAAAUAUUAUCUCUGGUGUUUAGAUCUUUAUUUUUUUUCUUCAAAACAUUAGAACAGCUGGAAGUCAGUUACAGGAAAAUUUAAAUAUAUUUAACUUUUUUUCUCUUUAAUCCUUUGGUUAUAUUGUAUUAAAUAAAAAUAUAACAGUACUGCCUAAUGGUAUAUAUUAUUAUCUUUUCUUAUAAGAAAUACAUCUUUUUAAUGUAAGCACAAAAUAGUACUUUGUGGAUAAUUUCAAGAUAUAAGACGUUUUGAAAAUUCCACCAUAAAUAAAAUUGCUUAAAGGAAGAAA